GGAGAAACCGUGUCACGCUAGCUUGGUCUGUGCAAUUUUUACGCACAGGCUGCCCGUCAAAGCGUGGAGCCUACCACUAGAAGUAUAGGCCAACUGAACAGAUCUGGGAUAUCAGCUGUGUGUUUGGUAUUUUCACAGCAAGCCUGUCAACGGGGGAUGCCAGAAAACGAACGUUCAUAUUGGGAAAGUGGCGCUCAGGUGAAAUCUACAAGCUUUGUGCAGGUAAAACUAAGUUGACAGGGCUUAAUUAAGGGGCAAGUGAAUUCACAUCUUCACCUCGCGGACGUCACGGUACGACAUAGGCAAGGUCGGAAGAACGCCAGAAUUAAGGGAGGACGUUAACGAAAACUGGGUACUGAAAUAGGCCCUAGGAAACACAUUGCGUACCGUAGUUCCUCCGCGUGAGUUGAACGCCCUAUACGUACAGCAAAUUGUACGAAGAACUGAAUCUGUCAUCAUAAAACCGCAACAAAACUCUUGGGCCGUGUCGAGCGAUCAUCAUUAUUAUAGUCAACCAAGACUUUCUGAGCCCAGUUUUGAGUCGAGAGGAUUGUCUGCUAUUUUAAUCAUGUUGGGAUUGUAGGCAGGCAAAACAUAAGCCGGUGAUUUGCAAAAACACUAACCGUACCAAAAGACCAUUCGGUGCCGUACUGGCUGUAGGCUGCCUAGCUCAGCCACCGGCCCCACCACACAGCCAGGCUGUUCGUCUGACACAGAGAGCACCGUCAUACAGCCUGAGACCAUCUACUUCUCUACGGACACCCGGCCAUGCUAGCGUAAACUUUUUAUCAUCACCUAUAUUAAAUGGAUAUUCAGAUUCACUGUGCGUUUGCAUCACCGGACAAAAUAGUUAUGACUGGCAGUGGGAUCAUAAACUCUACUCCCUUCGUCUACUAAAGUCGGGGAGAGAAAAUACUCCAUUUUAUUCCACUGUAACUGGCUCUAUCAUAAGAAUCACAUAAGCAUCGUUAUUCGUCUCCAAGAAUCCGUGCUAUCGUAUGGUUUAACAGUAAGCGUUUUUUGGAGAAAUACGCAUUCAGUUCCAAGUAAACGUGAACCACGGAACGCCAUCAAGAGGGACACCCACUCUUUCCGAGUGCCCAACACGACACAAACACAGAGGCACUGACCAGCGACGCCGCUGUUAAUAUGGCGCAUUCAACGGCGCCUUAUACGGGAUACCCUUCUUAUAACGGACACUGCAACACGGGGACUGGUACAGCACUUAGUUCUCCGCCAGCCGCCUCACAGCUGGUUAUGCCAACGCCUAUGGCAGCGGUUCCGGGGAACACGCCUCACUGCUGUGACACGGGCCGAUCACUGGUCACCGACCCUCACACCGGGCAGUCGGUUUGCUCGUGCCAGUACAGCCCCACCCUCAGCCUCAGCUAUGCAAGGAUGCCGUCGGCACUCUCCGAGAACAUAUACAGUUCAUCGUAUCACGGGACGCAGGGGUACCUGCCGCAUAUCACAUCCGACCACACACCUUUGUAUUCUUCUUUGAAUACUGCCUAUGAUGUGAAAGACAGCUCAGAGCUAUGGCACGGUAUUCCCCCUACCGCCUACCAGUACGACUACACGUGGGCUGGCUACCCAUACUCAGGCUAUGCAUCAGAAUUUAAUGGGGUUCGAAGAAAGAACGCAUCCCGGGAAACAACGAACACUCUAAAAGCCUGGCUCAACGAGCACAAGAAGAAUCCGUAUCCAACAAAAGGAGAAAAGAUCAUGUUGGCAAUUAUAACAAAAAUGUCUUUGACCCAAGUGUCUACUUGGUUUGCGAACGCAAGGAGGAGGUUAAAAAAGGAGAAAGGAUGGUUUGGCAAUGACGAAGACAGUAAUGACAACGAGAGCACAAAGAAGGAAGGAGAGACAGAAAACUCCAAAGAUUCCGAUGCGAGGACGCCAUGUUCAUCAACGCAGAAUCUGGACCACGAAAGCAACGGAGACGCCGAGUCCCCCUGCAGUAAUUCAAGUAAUACCAGUCUUCUUCACACUCUGGACGCGCCUCUCUCCUCUCAUCAAACCUCUCCGACGACGCUACCGCAGGCGGCGGCCGCCCUCACCUCCUCGUUCCCCGCGGCGACUCCAGUGGCGCUGGAUCAGAAGCCAACUGCCUUCGACGAUCCAACUAACGACGAUGUGACGGGAGGGAAAUUCGGUUUGGAUCCCUCACAGGAUAAGAAAAUUUGGUCCAUAGUGAGUACCGCGACGAACAGCUUCUCUCCGCCGCCGUUACACACGAAACCAGCGGACACCACUGCCAAUGGUUUACAGCAGCAGCAACAACAGCACAGCGUGCAACCGUCUUUUAGAGUAAUUUCCAAACCGGGACAGAGUUUCCCCGACCCUUUGGCUAAUCCUGACUGGGGCUAUGCAAACAACGGUUAUUAUAAUUCAACCUCGGUGUCCACUAGCAGCUCCUCCGGCUACCACCAGACGCUUGCCGCCUCUCACUCCCAGCAACAGAACCCUCCCCCUGCACAGGUCUACAAUACACAACAACAACAGCAACAGCAUCAACAAAACCAACAUCAACAACAGCAGGGCAUGUACGAUGUUCCAAAAUAUGACUCUCUUGCUACAAAAUACGACUCACCGCCACCUUUACCAAAGUACGACGGUAGUUUUAGCACUUCAAUGGACGGUUCCAGUGCACUGCAUAAUAUGGGGACACCUGAUAGACGCUCCAAUAAAAUGGCGGGAUACCACCACACUGCAGGGUAUUCUCCGUAUCCCGUGGGUAUGAAAUCUCCACCCCUAGGGUCCCCCAAAGUGAUCUCCCCCUCUGCUCAGAGUACGAUGCAUGACGGGCUACUGAAAAGCUAUGGGAAUGCAAUGCACAAUGUACAAGGUCUCUUUUCUGCUGGACAGAGUCUGGACAAAACGUUAUGAGAGAUGGACAUACUGGAAGCAACUAAAGGAAGGGUGCAUACACCUAUGCGUGAUGUAGAGUGACAAAUGACAGUAUAUAUGACAUGCUACAGAAAGUGAUGCAUGGGCAGAUGUCACUGUGUGACAACAGCA